AGACGUCCACAUCUCUUCUUUUCUCUCUCCCUCUCUCCCGCCCACCGAGCGAGCGCUCAGUAAAAUUAAAUUUACCGGGAGAGACGGAGGAAGAUGGCGGCUACUGACCGGUCUAGGUCCGAAGCUGCGAAGCAGCGGCGUCAGGAUCAGCUGCGGCGGUGGCAGGGAUCCGAGACGGACUUAACCGGCGCUGAAAUGCGGAGUCGUGCUGUGAAGUCUGCCAAAGUGCGCUUCGCUCAGGGCGCUGUGUUUAUGGCCGCCUGCUCGGCCGGGGACAGAGAAGAGGUGGCCGAGCUGCUGAGACAGGGAGCGGACAUCAACCACGCAAACGUGGACGGGCUCACGGCGCUGCACCAGGCCUGCAUCGAUGAAAAUGCUGAGAUGGUGCAGUUUCUUGUGGAGAAUGGUAGUGAUGUGAACCGAGGGGACAAUGAGGGCUGGACACCCCUCCAUGCAGCUGCUUCCUGCGGCUUCAUCCAGAUCACUAAGUACCUGAUCGAGCAUGGCGCACAGGUAGGAGCAGUGAACAGCGAGGGGGAACUUCCUUUGGAUGUGGCCACAGAGGAAGCCAUGGAAAGGCUGCUAAAGGCAGAGAUCAAAAAACAGGGUGUGGACGUGGAGCAGGCAAGGAGAGAGGAGGAGAGAGUGAUGAUGCAGGAUGUCAUGGCUGUUUUGGCUGGAAGUGGCUCUCUGUUGUCUCAUCCCAACACUAAGGCCACGCCUCUGCACGUAGCUGCGGCUAAAGGCUACAUCGAAGUGCUCAAGGUGUUACUGAAGUGUAAGUUGGAUGUAAACAGUAGGGACUGUGAUGGCUGGACAGCUCUACAUGCUGCUGCUCACUGGGGGCAGGAGGAGGCAUGCAGUCUGCUUGUGGAUCAUAUGUGUGACAUGAAUGCUGUCAAUAACGUCGGUCAAACUGCUUUUGAUGUUUCUGACGAAAAUCUUGUGGACAAGUUAGAGGAGCUGCAAAAGAAGCAAAAUGCAAUGCGUACAGAGAAACAGAAGAUUAAGAUGCCUGUUAUUGAAACCAGUCCGCCCAUCACUAUGGCACCAGCCCGUCCUCGCAGGACGUCCAUCUCUCGUAUGAGCAGCAAGGAGAAGAUCACGUUGCACGAGAGAGAGAAGCACCCUCCGCCUGCCCUCCAGACUCCACCCACAGAGGAAGAGGAGGAGGAGCCAAACCGUCCAGGUGCACCAUCCAAAGCCUCCAGUAGCUCCAGCUCAGAGGAGGAGAGCGAAUCGGAGAGCGAUGCUGAAUCAGAAAAGGCAAAAACCAGGGAGUUGAUCAACAACUUGAACAACAAGCGCAACAGUGCUGCUCCAAUAACAACCACAACCACGAACAGCGGCACAACAAACCAGGUUAAAAAGUCUGAGCCAACACGGCCUGCAGUGAGUGAAGCUCCUGGUUCAUGGAGGACGUCUCUGCGCAAAGCAGGCAGUUCAGUAACACUGGGAACCUCAGGUGUGUCUGAUGCACCCUCAGAAAACCCACGGGGCACCGAAAACACCUCAAGCAUGGGCAUGUCUCGCUCUGCCUCCAGUCCCAGACUCAGCUCAGACACUGACAUCAAGGAGCCCAGGUUAGCCCGAGUGCAGCCUACUCCGUCCAGACGCCUGUUCAGUGUUGGAGACAGCAACAGCAGUAGCACCUCAGAAAACCCCAGCAGCUGGUUGAGCAGAAGCUCUUCAUACACCCGAAGACUGAACAGCCAGUCAAGCAGUGAGCCAGCAGCACAGAACCCGCCUUUACCUCGCAGCUCAUCUUAUGGAAGGAAACUUGAUGACCCUUCACUGACCUCUGUCACCACACAGGGAACAUCUGGACUCAGUCGCCUCAACAAUAUAGUGGCUCAGAGGUUAGCUCAGGAAGAGUCCGAAAAGAAGGAACCUGUCUCUUUUACAACAACCACAACAACAGGCGAUCAAGAGAUAAAGCAAAGGCGUAGAUCAUAUCUGACCCCAGUACGUGAUGAAGAGGCUGAAGCUCAGAGGAAAGCUCGCUCCAGACACGCACGUCAGUCCAGACGCUCUACUCAGGGUGUGACACUUACCGACCUCCAGGAAGCAGAGAAGACAAUAAAGACCGAAAACAAGGGAAAAGAGAGGACUAAGGAGGAAGAUGAAAAAGAAGCGAAGCAGAAAAAGGGAGAGGAAGCGGAGGUGAGUUGGAGGUCUCGCAUUGCAAACUUGCAGAAGUCGGACCUGUUGGGACUCACUCACCCUCCUGGUGCACCUCGUCCCGCUGACAGGAGAGAUGUAGAGGACAGUUUGGCUGACCUUGAGGAACGAGCGAGGGAGAGGAGGAGAGCGAGAGCUCGUCGGAGAGAAAGAACAGGAGAGAGUGAAGAUCAUGAGCCCAGGGCAGAGGAUGAGAGCAGAAGUGGGCCGGACCCACAGACAGACAGAUAUAUUAGCAGCAGAUCUAAUCCAGCCCUCAAUGACGGUCUCAUAGCAGGGGGGUCAGACGUUAAAGAUUAUAAAAGGUUGUUUGAGAAGUUGUCUAGGGAGAACACUCAGCUGCAGUCUCAACUGCAGGACACUCUGAGGAGUGUGUCGGUGACUAGAUUGGAGCUGGAGAAAGCAGCCCAGAGACAGGAGAGAUUCACUGACUGCACUGCUCUUUUGGAGUUGGAGAAAAAGGAAAAGGCAAUGUUGGAGAGACGCGCAGCAGAGUUAGAGGAAGAGCUGAAAGUGUUGGGGGAUCUAAAAGCGGAUAACCAGAGGCUGAAGGAUGAAAAUGGAGCUCUGAUCCGAGUGAUCAGCAAGCUCUCGAAAUAGACAACGAGGAAGCGCAAGUGAACGAACGAACGAGAGGGAGGGAGAACAGAAAAUAGACAGAGGCUAACAGAGAGACAAUCCACCCCUUCCCCCAUCCUCACAUCCUCACAUCCUGUGCCAAAGAAUUAGCUGUGUGUGAGAAAGAGAACGAAAGUAUGAUAGAGCACAUCACUUUUUUUAAUGUGCACCGUUUAAACAAGCUGCAUUUUGACCUGAUCCGUACCUGACUGACUGAGGAGGUUCGUGCGUGCGUACGUGUGUGUGCAGAUGUACAUGUGUACGUACAUGUGGUUGAAUUUGUGUGCAUGCGUGCGUACGUGUGUGUGUUCGGAUGUACGUGUGUACGUACAUGUGGUUGAAUUUGUGUGCAAGCGUGCAUACAUGUGUGCAUUCGUGCGUGCCGGCGGGCGGAUGUACAUGUGUUUGUGCGUGCGUAUGGGUGUACCUGAGUGCAUAGGCAUGCGUGUUGUGUGCGUGUGUAUGCAUAGUAAGCUACCCUUUAACAAAUACACAUUCACAAUGAACUACAUUUGUUCCUGAGUUCAGUAGUCUCAUUGAAAAUGAUGCACACACUUGGCAGGGUUACACACACACAAUCACGCUCUCACAACAUUCACAUGAGUACCACACACAUUCCACACCUCUCAGGCUCCUUUAGGUCUGCAGUAACUUUGCACUUUGCAUACACUUCACAAACACACACAGGCUGAUUUAGUCUCUUUGUAUACGAGUUGCCAAUUCUAUGACCACUUUUGUAACUAGUAUUGGCUGAAAGUUAAGCCACACAGCACCACAAUCAAUAACGAGACCAAUACACUACACUACACAUCCACACACAAAAGUACACAGUGAUAUCUUUGCAAAUCCACGUUGUGCAGAAGCCUAUCGUGCUAUGCAUUGUGUAUUUUCCUACACAUAUUAAUAUCAUGGUGAAGAAUAGAAAAUUGUUUUCAUGUGUUUUCGUUUGCAUCAAUUCCUCAUAUCUGUUUGGUGAUGAGGAUGGUAGCUCUGUUUAUUAUAUAAAUAGACAAAUAUUAUUCCCAAAAAAUAAUAAUGCCAUCAAAAGUAACGUGACACCCAUGUGUUUUUAAUAUAUAUAAAAUUAAUUUCUGCACUUAAUAAAAGGUUGUGUGUAUUUGUA